AUUAUCGCAUCCACAAGGCGUCUUGAGAAAAUCCGGCUGGAUCCUAGAGUCCCCGCGAAUCCGUAAGAGAAAUCCUUCUCGCCGUAGUGACUGUGAUCCGAUACGUGCGAGUGUGCGACGUGCUCGUCUCAUCGAGAUCCUGCUAGGGAUCGAUACUCGACGAUUGAUAGCGCGACGAUGACGAUGAUAACAGUGCAGGUAUUGAUGCUUCUAACGGUGACUGUGGUCAGUUCCUUACCGCUCGCCAAUGUGCACGUGAAAUUCGUGUCGCCACCUAAUGUGUACGAGCAUAGCGUUACAACAGACGGAGAUCGAACGGUAGCCCAAAAAUCGUUUAUAUCGAUCGGCCGACGAAACGUGGCCAAGCAUUCUAAUGAUCUCGAUUAUAAUUAUAGGACGAGUUUCGGACAAAAUCACUUACAGCAGGUGAUACAGAGUUCAGGAAACGUCGAAUCUCUGUGGCCAAUUGGAGUUUUUCUGCCACCAACUGACAUCAAUGAUCUUGGUUAUAGCUGGCAAGAGAUAUCGCAACGCUUCCCCGAUUUCUACAAAUCACAGCAACAAGAUCCAUAUUUAUUGACCGGCCAUGAAGCAAUGUUGGCAGUUAAAUACCUCUAUGGAUUGGGUGAACUUUUCUUCGACAAUUAUCCUCAUGUAAGAGCAUUACUGCGAAAUCAGGAAGAGAGGAGACUGAAUGGUUUGCAUGGACACAUUUUGAGCAGUAUAAAUCCUAGGUCUCCAUUUCACAAGAAAGAUAAAAAGGGACAAUUAAUCUAAGAAUGAUUUAAUAUUGCUGGGCACAAAAAU